AUCAGCUUUUACGUUCUUAGUUCUUACUAAUAUUCAUUUUCUCUUUCGAAGUGUUGCAUUUGAUAGAGGAUUAAAAAUGGGAUCUAAUUUUGCACAAGCACUUUCUGCAAUAUUGCUAAUGGCUUCAAUGGUGGCAAUUAGCACAGGCAGCAAGGAUUGGCAGCAGCGGAACUACACUGGCUGGGGUUUUAACCAUGGUCGUCCGUAUCACCUCAACAAGACAAACGAACCCAGCAAGAUUGUUGUGGGUGGCUCCGAAAACUGGCACUAUGGUUAUAACUAUGUUGAUUGGUCUCUGAAAAAUGGCCCCUUUUACGUUCAGGACACUCUUGUUUUCAAGUAUGAUCCGCCAAGCAACACCACACCACCUCACAGCGUCUACAUGCUACCAAACCUUUGGAGCUUCAUACAUUGUGACUUAAGCCAAGCAAGGUUGAUCGGAAGUCCAACACAAGGUGGCGGAGACGGUGUUGAGUUGGUGCUCAAGAGCUGGCAGCCGUACUACUUCGCUUGCGGCGAGCACAACGGUACUCAUUGUAAAGACGGAAUGAUGAGGUUCUUCGUCUUCCCAAAGCUUCGCGGCUACUGAGAGCUCGUGACCUGCGCACUCUCAAGAAUAGAAAAUAACUGGCCAGAUAGUCAUGCAUAUUGGUCUGGCGAUGGAGCUUAAUACAAGACUUGGCAUAUAUAAGAAGUUUUGACAUAUUGUAUUUGAAAUAAAUUUUCCCCAUUUAAUUUGAUUAUUUACCUUUGAGCAGUAAGAAGACUCGGUUGU